AUGUGUAGGAAAUUAGAGAACGUUCAGAAUGAGAUGAUGGAAGAGGAAUACCCAUUGCUCCUACCUCAAUUCAAUAAUCGGAAAAAAGCACCGCUUUACGACCAUGAAAGAGCUGCGUUACGUUAUUCAAAAGUUAUGGUAGCUGAGGCGUAUGCGUCUGCGGUGGGUGGUUGGGGUGCACAGUGUGCGGUGGCGUUACAACUAGCGACUGGUCAGGGCGGAGCGCCCUGUAAUGACCCUAGAGCACUCGAACAACAUGCUCAGAGACAUCGACAGUUAUACGAACACAUGUGCCAGGCAUAUACUGAGGUCCAUUCAACAAGUAAAAAGUUACUCUAUCAACUAGAUCAUUUAGUUCAAGUGUGCCAUCAAACUGACCCAGCUGACAUGCAAAGCGAUGGGUCAGUGAGUACAGCUGGUAGUAGUGGGGGCGACCCGGCAGCUGAUUACAGUUCCGGUGCCAACCACGUGCUAGCUGUCAUACAUCAAAUCUUGGGUCACCAUCGAGCUCUUGAAGCGCGCUACCACCAGGCUCGUCUAAAGCUGCAUCAAAGACUCGCCCUGCUUUUGUACAAAGAGGAUUGUAGGCAGGUGCUCGAUUGGCUGGCAAAUCACGGUGAUGUGUUCUUGCAAAAGAAUACAGGAGUUGGAAGGAAUCUCCACAAAGCAAGAGUGUAUCAGAAAUCUCACGAACAUUUUGAAAAUGUCGCUCAAAAUACAUAUACGAACGCAGAGAAGUUGUUGGCCGCAGCUGAAGAAUUAGCUCGGUCUGGUGAAUGCGACCCAGAAGAGGUUCUCGGUGUCGCUAGAGAUUUAGAGGCGCACGUGGCCGCGUUCGCUGCUCGUGUCGACAGAAGGCGGAGGCGGCUGGAUCUUGCUGUCUUGCUAUAUACACACGAGAAAGAGCUGGUGCAAUGGUUGGACACAUUGAGAAGCGGUGGGGGUGUAUGUGCAGCGGACGAUACUCCUGAAGCUGCGCGACGAGCUUUAGAACAAUGUGCUCAACAUCGCGCCGCCAGUCUUGACGCAUGCGCAGCCACUAUCGCGCAAGGCGAAGCACUCCUACAAGAUCUGAGGCGCGCCGCGCUCUUGCCCGACGUAUUUAUGUGGUCAGAGCGAGACGGAAGAUCCCGUAUAAACCAGCGCCGUCUCGCUCUGUUACACCUUUAUCGUAAACAUGAAGAGAACUGUUUUAAUUGUCAGACACGUGAGUUCGUAAUACGCCUUCGGAACUAUUUUGAUCGUGAAUCUCAAAAUGGAGGGCCAAUUUUACCUAUAACGUCAGUGGUUGAACGCGUAGCUGAUGCGCUUGAUAUUGGACAACGAACUGUUAGACGAAUAACUAAAGAAAAAUAUGGCGAGACUGGCACAGAAGAAAAUAAACUUCACACACCAAAAAAGAGAAAACGAGCAAAACUAGUCGUAGGCAUCGAUAGCUUUGAUGCCGAUGCUAUCCGAAGACAUGUUUACGGCUACUAUUUACGGAACAAGUAUCCAACAAGAAAAAAGUUGGUGCAUUCACUGAAGGAAGCUGGAUUAUUCUUCAGUGGGGAAAGUUCUUUAACGUAG